AUGUCUUUCUUAAUGCAGCAGAUGCUGGGGGAUAAGUUAAAGAACAUGAUGGGGGGAGGAGGUGGAGGAGGUGAGGACUCGGGGUCGGAAGCAGGAGACGGGAAAGAGACUGCCGCAUCGAAGGGGAUGACCCGAGAGGAGUUCGAAGAAUACCAGAAACAACUGGUGGAGGAGAAGAUGGCGCGCGAUAAGGAAUUUGCUACAAAGAAAGCAGAAAGAGCCAAUCUGAGAGUACUGCUAAGAGACAAAUACAGGCUUCCACAGAGUGCACAAGACGACGCUACAGUCCAGAUAGCGGGCGACGACUUGGACGUGCCUGAAGAAUUGGCCAAGAUGGUGGAGGAGGAUGAAGAGCAAGAAGAAAUCAACGAUUCUUUCAUGGGCAGAUUGCAGAAUAUGGACAUGGACUUUGAUACGAUCAAAGCCAAAGCUCAGAGCACGAUAACAGAAGUCAAGCAAGCAGCAGAAGAAAAGUGUGUCCUGAUGUGA